AUGAUCGAAGCAAUCCAGUCGUUUUUCGCUCUCAAGUGGACUCAAGAGCCCUUGUUGCGUCCCUUACCUCCUCAUAUCGUCCGAAAUUAUGUCCAGACUCCCAAUGGAAACCUCGAGCUUCUAUCAUCAAAACCAGACGUCAAGAGUGCAGGCCUCUCGUCCAGAAAACAGCCGAUCUUUUUCGUUCAUGGUGGCGAGGGCUCUGGCUCUGUAUGGUUCGAAUGGAUGGAACAUCUUUCAACCUCCUACAACGCCACAACUUACGCAUAUUCAUUGAGAUGCCACGGCGCAAGUUAUUCAGUGCCCUACUGGAAAAUGGUAUGGGGAACAUCCCUGGAUGACCUAGCCUCAGAUCUUGUAGCCUGUAUCCAAGAUGUGAGAGAAAGGGAGGGACAGGACCCGAUUAUCGUCGCACAUUCUUCGGGUGGUGGUCUGUCACAAUACGUUCUGUCGAAAAGUCUCGUAAAAGCUCGAGGUCUUGUGCUUGUCGGUGCCGUUCCUCACUGGGGAAACAUGAGUGUUUACUUCAGCUGGUUCCGGAGAAUCGACCCCUGGUUCAGUCUCCGAAGUCUUUGCCAUCUGUUUCAUCCCAAUAGUCCACUCAACACACCACGCUUGGUUCACAACGCUUUCUUCGGACCACAAUAUCCACGCAGUCGUGUCCCUGAAUUCAUGAGGUGGAUGAGCAACUACGAGGCCAUGUUUUGGCCGUUUGGAAUGGCAGGUCGAGGUUGGGGUAUUGAGAAUCGUUCUUGGCUGGCGACCACCGACAUAUUGAGCAAUAUUGUUCAGUGGAAUGGGUCUCAAAAGAUUCUUGUCAUGAUCGGCACCGAUGAUAAAAUGAUGGGUGGAACUGAAACGAGGAUGGUGCGCGAAUAUUGUUCAGGCAUCCAACAGAUGCAAGUCGAGAAACGGAUCGACGCCGACUACGACUCGACAAAGCCAUCCAUCAAGAUUGUCAGAGAUAAGUAUGUCAACGAAUCAGAUUAUCCCGGAGUACGGCUAGUUGAAGUGAAGGGCGCUGGCCAUCAUACACAGAACGACAUGCAAUGGGAAGAAGCUGCUGAAGCUUUAAGGAGAUUUAGUGAGCAGCUGGAUUGA